AUGCAACAGCUAUGCUAUAUCCUGAAUAUUGACCAAUGCCUGACUUCUAUCUAUCAUCCUCAGUCUAACCCAGUGGAACGAAAGAACAGAGACUUAAAAACUCGUUUGGCCAUACUUGUUGGUAAUAACCAUCAAUCAUGGAAAGAAAAGUUGCCAUUCAUAAGGUUUUCCUUAAACACAGCCGAAUGUGAAUCAACAGGACAAUCUGCCGCCUUUCUCCAAUUUGCACGAGAAUUACGAACACUUGAUGAUGUUAAACAUGACAUAAAAGCAGUUAUUGAGAAUGAUAAUUUCGUUCCGGAAAUAACUCCUUAUUUGAAACGUUUUGCCAGAACUGUACACCAAGUUCAGGAGAGAGUUGAGAAACAUCAGGAUAAACAAAAGAAAUAUGAUGAUAUGAGACGCCGAGAAAAUCCUAUAUUCAACCUUGGAGACAAAGUUUGGGUUAGCCUCCAUCCUGUUAGCAAGGGGCAUCUAAAGAAAACUGGUAAAUUCAUGCCAAAGAGAGAUGGUCCUUACGUCAUUGUCGCUAUAAAAUCUCCAACAACGUUUGAUAUUGCUGAUCCCAAUGAACCAGAUAAGAUGCUUGACAAAUAUCAUGUAUCAGUCCUAACCCCAUUUCAAGAACAGAAUAAGUUUCGUGUUGCACAUCAGAUAACUCCUGUGACUCCCUUGAGAAAAAGAGGGCGCCCAAAACGCAAACGAGAUGUUCAAGUAGCUACCGGUAUUCCAACUAAAUCUCCACCUUCUGCUCUAAAUCGACAUAAAAAUGUUCUUGACUCCUUGCCGAGACGUCUAAGAAGUCAGAGGGGGAGGUUGUAA